AUGCCACCGUCUAAAGGUGAGGUGUGUCAGGCGGUCCUGAGCUUCGUCACCGAUGGCGCUUAUCCCGAGGAGAACGUGGUCGCGGCGGAGUUCCCCGCAACAGCUCUUGCGAAGGAAUUGGAGCUGAUAUCCCAAGCCCGGGAGCAAGUAGAGAACGAGAUCAGCUCGCUGAGUCGCGAGAAUACCUCCUUCGAUGCCGAUGAUUGGAUUGUCCAAGCGAAGCAGCUGCACGCCGACAUUGAGCGCUCACGAGUCACCGCACGGGAGAUUGUGGCUCAGCAUGAGCAUACAAGCCCUCUUCGAUCCAAGGUUGAGGACGCGAGUGCCAAAGUAGGAUUGAUCGAGACGGAGAUCGCUUUCAACCAGGCUGUGGCAGAGACUCUCAAAGAAGUGCAGCGCUUGUGCCAGCAAUUGGAGAAUGGACGAGUUGCGCUUGCAAAUGGUGAAUUGACGGUCGCGAUUGGGCAGUUGGAGUCUACGAAAGCGGCGAUCGGGAAGGAUGCUUUCUUCACUAACACUAAUGUGAUGAGCAUCCUCACUCUCGAGGUGGCACGGUUUCGGGAGCAGAUUGAGAACACUCUGCGUCUACGCUGGCAGGAACAGCUGAAGGUGGACCGGCAACGGGGAGAAUUCCAAGUGAACAAGGGCCACGGCGCAAAUGCUCUGGACAACACCAUUGCGUCAAUGUCACGAUUGGAGAUUCUCGCUCCCGCCAGCGAGAAACUCUUGAAGGACCUCUCUGUCGCAGUCGUCGACCCAAUACUAUUGCCACGGGCUGAUGGGAAGAGUCGGGCCGUUGCAAUCACAGAUACCGGUAUCCAGAUUCAAUCGGACUACUCAGAAACAACUGUUGCCGAGACCCUGAGCCGUACCACACAAGUUCUGGAUUAUCUGCGACAGAACCUGCCAACGUUUAUCUCAACCGAGCUCUCCCAAUCGUUGAUCCCAUCUGUUGCAUCUAAAGCAAUCUCAGGAUGGCUGUCUUCUUCUAUCCCAACUACUCUCGAAGGGUUGGGAGAGUUUGAGAAAACUCUAGACUUUGUGAUGCAGUUCGCUAAUACAAUCCAGUCUUGGGGAUGGACUGGGAUCGAGGAGCUUGUAUCUUGGGUUAACCAGGCGCCUCGCCUCUGGCUAACUCGGCGUCGCGUCGACUCACUGGAUAGCGUGCGUAAAGUCCUUGCAGCUAGUCAAGGCACCACCAAGCAAGUUGAGCGAGUUGAAAAAGAACAGGUCUCCAAGGCGGAUGAAGCUUUACUCGAAAAUGCUACGGACGACUGGGAUGCUAGCUGGGAUGACGAGAAAGAAGAAGAAAGUACAGCGGCACCAGCAACGGCCGCCGAGCCUGAAGAAGAAGAGGAUGUCAGCGCGUGGGGUCUCGAUGAGGACACCCAAGAAGAAGCCGAGCCCGAUGCAGCUGACCCAAGUGGACACGACGAUGCCGACGACGACGCCUGGGGCUGGGGCGACGAGGUGGGGGAGGAAGAGCAGAAGGGUCAAAAUGUGUCCCUGCAAGCCGACACAACCUCGAAGCCGGAAAAUGGUGGAAAGGCAACACAAUCCUCUGCCCCAAGAGAAAUAACGCUAAGGGAGGUCUACACGGUCACCGAUAUUCCCGAUUCAAUACUCGAUAUUGUUCGCCAGCAGAUCAACGACUCGAAAGAUAUCUCGCAGCCACCGCAUUCCACCUCCCGGGUUGCUUCAUCAGGUGCUGGUCUACUGGCGCUGCCCACGUUGAUUCUGGCCAUGUUCAAGGCUACUUCCUCCUCUUUCUACUCGCUCAAGCUGGGCUCGGGUCAAAUGUACCUCUACAAUGAUAGUCUGUAUCUUGCCAGCCAGGUUCGAAAGCUGAUGGAAGAACAUCAGCUGUCUAGGCUUGACUCGGAUGUUGAAGCUCUCGAGAAAUUUGGCAAGUUUGCGUACAGCAAGGAGAUGCAGACACAAAGCACGAUUGUCAACGAUCUUCUUGAUGGCGCACAGGGCUUUGGGCAAUGCUCGGAACAGCCCUUCAAGACUGAAUGUGAAAACGCUGUGAGCGCAACUACUGAUCGCAUUCGCGAUGUCUAUAAGGAGUGGCAACCCAUCCUGUCACAUUCCGCUCUGUUUCAGUCUAUUGGGUCUCUGUUGUCUACCGUCGUCAACAAGAUCAUCAUUGACGUGGAAGAUUUGGGUGACAUCUCCGAGGAUCAGUCUAAGCAGCUCGUUGCUUUCUGCAGCCAGGUCUCCAAACUGGAGGACCUCUUCAUGCCUGAGACAACUGGUGAAGCCGAAGCCGUACCUGUCACGGCCGUUUACGUGCCGAAUUGGCUGCGUUUCCAGUACUUAAUCAACAUUCUCGAGAGCUCUUUGGCUGACAUCAAGUAUCUCUGGCUAGAGGGUGAAUUGGGACUCGAGUUCUCUGUUGACGAGGUGGUGGAUUUGAUCGAGGCAUUGUUCGCAGAAUCUGAACAUCGCCGUAGGGCCAUUGCAGAGAUCAAGCGUGCCCCUCGGGGUUGA